AUGGAGGGCAAUCCCGCGGAGCACGAUGAGGCUGUGUCUCAAUUCUGUGCUAUGACUGGAACUGAGGCUUCAGAGGCUCAGGAAUAUCUUGUUGCCAAUGGUUGGGACAUCGAAGCUGCUGUUACGGAAUUCUUCGCGGAGCAGGACGAAGCUUCGCAAGAUACCGGUGCUGGUGGUGCGCGACCACUAGGCACAGAGGGUAGCUCUGGAGCUUCCGCGGGGGGUAGAACUCUCAGCGGAAGUGCCGUACCAGCUUCAUCCUCUGCCGCAGCUGGGUCCUCAUCAUCCGCCCGAAGCGCUGCGCCCAAGAAGUUUGCUACAUUGGGAGACUUUGCUUCGGGGGGAGGUGGCGGCGGUGGUGAUUCUUCCGAUGACAAUGACACCGACGAACAUGAUUUCUUUGCGGGUGGUGAAAAGUCCGGACUAGCUGUGCAGAACCCCGAUGAUUUGAAAAAGAAGAUCCUCGAAAAGGCCCGCAGGGCGCAGCCUCCUCCUUCAGACACCCCUGCGCCAAGGGAAUCACAUUUCACCGGCACUGCCCGCACACUCGGUGGUGACGAUGCACCAAGUCAGGUGAUUGAAAACCCAUCGGCGCCUAGUCAACAGCGUGCCCAGCGUGUUCAACGGACUCUUCAUUUCUGGGCCGAUGGAUUUUCGGUUGAUGACGGUGAACUGUUUCGAUCAGACGACCCCCGCAAUGCAGAGAUCCUGGACGGUAUCCGCCAAGGCCGCGCUCCUCUUUCCAUCAUGAAUGUUCAACCUGGGCAGGAGGUUGACGUGGAACUCAAGCAGCAUGAGGAGAAGUACACCAAGCCCAAGCCCAAGUACAAGCCUUUUUCGGGCUCUGGACAGCGCCUCGGAAGCCCAACGCCCGGCGUACGGAGCCAGGCGCCAACACCCUCCUCUUCUACGGCUAGACCAUCUACUCGGGAGCCAACGAAGCCCAGCGUGGACGAGUCACAACCUACAGUUACCCUACAAAUCCGCCUAGGCGACGGGACUCGCUUAACGUCUCGAUUCAACACGACCGCUACCAUUGGCGAAGUCUAUGCGUUCGUUGCUUCUGCGACCCCGGAUGGUCCAAACCGCGCAUGGGUCUUGAUGACGACUUUCCCCAGCACGGAGCUCAAUGACUGGGCUGCCGUUCUCGGCGACAUUCCUGAUUUCAAACGUGGAGGCGUCGUGAUCCAGAAGUGGCUGUAA